UUCGUCCGUUGUACGCACCGCGCUCUCUGAUUGGUCGAUACUGUCGUCUGUUUCGUGGCACGGACAUGCUUUAAAAGGUCUGAUGCUGUAGAUCUCAGCACGUAUUCUUGUGAUAGCACUUGCAGAGGAAAAGUCAAAAAGUACCAGAAUCAUGAAGCUGCAAUUGUGUGUCCUCGCUGCGUUGGUGGCUAGCUGCGUCUGUGACAGUGGUGAUAAAAAGAAGAAAGGCUCAACUGAACCCCACGUGGUCACAAGCGUCGCCACCCUGACGUUUGAAGUUAAGAACUGGGACGGCGAAGGCGAGACAUUGAGAGGUGACGUCAAGAUUGGUCUGUUCGGAGAUAUUGUUCCCAUGACCACACUCAACUUUGGCAGCAUCUGCGAGGGGAUCAAGAGAGAUGGGAAAGCCCGCCUUCAGUACAAAAAUACUCAAUGCCACAGACUUGUGAAAGACAUGUUGGUCCAAUGCGGUGACAUCAUCAGCGGCGACGGUACUGGAUCACGCAGCAUCUUCGGUGAAAGAUUUGUUGACGAGAACUUCAAGGUCAGCCACGCCACCGCCGGCAUCGUCUCCAUGGCCAACCACGGCAAGGACACCAACGGAUCCCAGUUCUUUAUCCUUUUCGGCAGAGCUCGUUACCUUGACGGUAGUCACGUCGCCUUCGGAAAAGUCUUGGAAGGCAUGGACGUCUUGGAAGACAUCAACACAAUGGGUCCAUUCAAGGAUAGGGCUGUCCCCAAGCAGAAGGUUCGCAUUGCUGACUGCAGCGUCGAGCACUUGGAACAGAAAUACGAGCUCCCAGAAAAAGUCCUCUUGUCUGAUGAUCCCAGCAAGGCGUAAACACACGUUCUGUUGACAAUCAUCACAUCAUAUCAUGACGUCAUAUAGUGUUACGCAAUAACGUCGACAAGACGUCGCAUUGAUGGCGCUACACACGUAGGAACAACCAAUCCGAGAACAGAUAGUCUUGAUUAGCAACACGUGUAGUUACUGCAUCUGAUCAUCGUUCAGCACUUUACAUAGUAAUCCUGUUUCUCUCCUCUGUUUUUGUAUAGUCAUUCUGUGUUAGGACACAGUACGUCAUUUCACUGUGUUUUCAGUUUGUGUGCGUGUUGUAUAACCUUUGAAGCAAAGGUUCUCUCUGCGGCCAAUAUACUUAACCAGCAGUUGAAUGUAACUAUAGAUGUGUGUGUAUAUGUUCUCUGUACAGUUCAAACCGUAAAACUAUAGCCUGUGUGAACGUGUUUCCUUGUUUUACUCAGUUGAAUAAACCAGUUUUACGUAAA